UCAAGAUUUGUGGUAAACUUGAAUACUCGAAAAUGUGGGUGUCAAGUAUGGGAGGCUACCGGGCUGCCAUGUAGACAUGCAGCUUGCUGUAUUACAUUUAAGAGGGAAAACCUAUCAGAUUACUGUGAUAGUUUUUAUUUUCUAGGGAAAUAUCUACAAGCCUAUGAGAACAUGAUACACCCACUUCCUGACAUAUCAGAGUUGGAAGAAACAAGUAGUAUGGGAGUGGUGGAGCCUCCACCUCUGAGAAGGCACCCAGGCAGACCCAAAAAAGUUAGAAAAAAGGAGGAUGGUGAACCAGCAGGAAGUGAGUAUAGAAAGAAGUCUACAUCAGUAAGAUGUGAUAAGUGUGGGCUUCAGGGUCAUAACAGGAGAACAUGUAAAGGGGGUCAAAUUAGGAGGAAAAGGGCAAGGAAAAGCAGUACUGUGAAGGAGAGUCGAAAUGUGGGGGCUAGUGAAGCUGAAGUCAAUGUCUCUCAGCGGACAAGAUCACAUAAUGCAUCAACUGCAUUGAAUGAUAGUGUUCAAGCAAGGAAAAGAGCGAAAGCGACAGCAGCUCGGGCAAGAAGACGUGAAAAGGAGGCAAUGCAGAAGCCAAACAAGAAUUGAGUUUGGACAAAGGGGGGUUUUUUUUUGGGGGGGGGGAAAUGAUGUGUAUAUAGGCCUUUUGAUUUUGGAAAUUAUCAUUACUAGACUGGACAGGUUUUCGAUAUGUGUAAUUCUGAUGUGUAUACAGGCCUUUUGAUUUUUGUCAAGUAUGUGGAAUGGACAUGUGUAUAGGUUUUUUUAUUUUCAUUUUGGAUGUGGAAUGAACAUGUUGGAAAGGUUUUUUGAUUUUCAUUUAUAUGUGGAGUGGACAAGGCUGGACAAGUUUUUUUGAUUUUGUUCUUGAUGUGGAAUGGACAUGUGGGCAGAUUUCUUUUUCUUGAUUUUCAUUUCUGUUUUGACACUGUAUUCAAUAGGGUACCGAGGGAUU